CGGAGGAUCGUCCUGGUGGGCAAAACCGGCAACGGGAAGAGCGCGACGGGAAACACCAUCCUGGGGAGCCGCGUCUUUGAAUCGAAGAUGGCUCCUGAUUCCGUCACCAGAUGUUGCCAAAGGAAGGAGACGCAGGUGAAUGGCCGGAAGGUGGUGGUGGUCGACACGCCCUGCUUCCUCGACACCGGGCGUCCCAAGUCAGAAACGGCGGCCGAAGUAAAGAAGUGCGUGAAGUUUUGCACCCCGGGCCCGCACGUCAUCCUGCAGGUGAUGUGCCCGGGCCGUUUCACCCAGGAGGAGCAGGAGGUGGCUGAGCUGAUCAAGGAGAUCUUCAGCCUCAACGCCAAGAAGUACAUGAUCCUCCUGUUCACUCGGAAGGACGACCUGGAAGGGAAGACGCUCGACCAGUUCAUCUCCGAGGGGGACCGCGCCCUGAAGGAGCAGGUGUACCUGUGUGGGGACCGCUACCUGGCUUUCAACAACAAGGCCAAGGGGGCGGAGCGAGAGGCGCAGGUGGCCCAGCUGAUGGAGAUGAUUGACGGGCUGGUGAAGGAGAACCGGGACGCUCCUUGUUACACGGAGGAGAUGCUGGCGGCCGACAAGAAGAACUUCAAGAGCACAUGGAACCUUUCCUGGUUGUGUCCUUUCCUUUAAGGAACGCCAGAAAAAAUCUCCAUGAUGGCAACUCUGGAAAGGGUCCCUGCUCUGCUACUCCCUCCCU